AUGUUGAGGAUGCCACUGCCUCCUGCCUUCCGUCCCUUCCUCACUGGCACUUCCCAACCCAAUGAUCUUGUUGAUCCUGUAUUUCCCAGCCAAGAUCCGCUGGACAGAGCAGAUUUCAACGCUGUGGAGUAUAUUAAUACUCUCUUUCCCACUGAGCAAUCUUUGGCAAACAUCGAUGAAGUUGUGAACAAAAUCAGACUGAAAAUAAGGAGGUUGGAUGACAACAUUCGAACUGUAGUGAGAGGACAGACCAACGUGGGACAGGAUGGCAGGCAGGCCCUGGAAGAAGCCCAGAAAGCCAUUCAACAGCUCUUUGGUAAAAUUAAGGAUAUUAAAGACAAGGCUGAAAAAUCUGAACAAAUGGUUAAAGAAAUCACACGGGAUAUCAAGCAGCUAGAUCAUGCCAAGCGUCAUCUGACCACCUCCAUCACCACCCUCAAUCACCUGCACAUGCUGGCAGGGGGUGUGGAUUCACUGGAGGCUAUGACCAGGAGGAGACAAUAUGGGGAAGUUGCCAACCUUCUCCAAGGUGUCGUGAAUGUGUUAGAGCACUUCAACAAAUACAUGGGGAUCCCUCAGAUUCGACAGCUUUCUGAAAGGGUGAAGGCAGCACAGAAUGAGUUGGGACAGCAGAUCCUGGCUGACUUCGAGGAAGCCUUUCCUUCUCAAGGUACAAAGAGGCCUGGUGGACCCAGCAAUGUCCUACGUGAUGCAUGUCUAGUCGCCAAUGUCCUGGAUCCCAGAAUCAAACAGGAGAUCAUCAAGAAAUUUAUUAAACAACACCUCUCAGAGUAUCUGGUCCUUUUCCAGGAGAACCAAGAUGUGGCCUGGCUGGAUAAGAUUGACAGGCGCUAUGCUUGGAUAAAGCGUCAGCUGGUGGACUACGAGGAGAAGUAUGGGCGCAUGUUUCCCCAGGAGUGGUGCAUGACGGAGCGCAUCGCUGUGGAGUUCUGCCACGUCACGAGGACAGAGCUUGCUAAGAUAAUGCGCACAAGAGCAAAGGAGAUUGAGGUGAAAUUGCUUUUGUUUGCAAUUCAGAGGACAACCAACUUUGAAGGACUUCUGGCUAAACGCUUCUCAGGUUGCACUCUAGCUGAUGGGACAGUGAAAAAGCCAGAAGUGCCACUUCCCUCCACCAACCCGUUUCUGGAGGAUGAAACUGGGACAGAGACAGAUGAGAUUGUGAUCGAGAAAAGUGAUACGGACAAACCAAAGAAGCCAAAGGUCCCUGACAAUCCUUUUCAUGGCAUUGUUUCCAAGUGCUUUGAGCCUCACCUUUAUGUGUAUAUCGAGUCCCAGGACAAAAAUCUUGGUGAACUGAUUGACAGGUUUGUGGCUGACUUCAAGGCUCAAGGUCCCCCCAAGCCCAACGUGGACGAAGGAGGAGCUGUCCUGCCCAGCUGUGCCGACCUCUUUGUGUACUACAAGAAGUGCAUGGUGCAGUGCUCCCAGCUCAGCACAGGCGAGCCGAUGAUAGCCCUGACCACCAUAUUCCAGAAGUACCUUCGGGAAUACGCCUGGAAAAUUCUGUCUGGAAACCUGCCCAAGACAACUAGCAGCAGUGGUGGGCUCACCAUCACUAGUUUGCUGAAAGAAAAGGAAGGCUCUGAAGUGGCUAAGUUUACUUUAGAAGAACUCUGCCUCAUUUGCAGCAUCCUUAGUACUGCAGAGUACUGCUUGGCAACCACACAGCAGUUGGAAGAGAAACUCAAAGAAAAAGUGGAUGCAAGUCUAGUGGAGAGAAUCAACCUGACGGGAGAGAUGGACACUUUCAGCAUUGUGAUCUCCAACAGCAUACAGCUGUUAGUGCAGGACCUGGAUACAGCCUGUGACCCUGCCCUGACUGCUAUGAGCAAGAUGCAGUGGCAGAACGUGGAACAUGUUGGUGACCAGAGUCCUUAUGUCACCUCAGUGAUUCUUCACAUUAAACAGAACGUCCCCAUCAUCCGCGACAAUCUGGCCUCCACAAGAAAGUAUUUCACUCAGUUCUGUAUAAAAUUUGCAAACUCCUUCAUUCCCAAGUUCAUUAACCACCUCUUCAAGUGCAAACCUAUUAGCAUGGUGGGUGCAGAACAGCUGCUGCUGGACACUCACUCUCUGAAGAUGGUUCUCCUGGAUCUGCCCUCCAUUGGGUCCCAAGUGGUGAGGAAGGCUCCUGCCAGCUACACAAAGAUAGUGGUGAAAGGCAUGACUCGGGCUGAAAUGAUCCUGAAGGUGGUUAUGGCUCCACACGAGCCCCCGGUUGUGUUUGUCGACAAUUACAUCAAGCUCCUUGCUGACUGCAGCACCGACACUUUCCAGAAGAUACUAGACAUGAAGGGCCUGAAGAGGAGCGAGCAAAGCAGCAUGCUGGACCUCUUCCGCCAGCGCCUCCCGGCUCCCCCCUCCGGAGUGGAGAACGCCGGCUCCCUUUCACUGAGCACUCCUACGCCCGAGCAGGAGUCCUCUCGGAUACGGAAACUGGAGAAACUCAUCAAAAAAAGACUCUAAGUGAGCAGAAGGAAACUCUGUUGCUCAGGACUAGCUGCUCUGACUGGGAGCAAAGCUCGUCAGACUUAUGAUUUACAGUAUGCUGCUGAAAAAUCGGCGUCCCAUCACUCCCACGUCCUGUGAUCUCUUAACCAUCGUAUACUGUGGCACUACAUCUCCAUUCAGACCAAGGGAGGAUAUGACC